AUGGCUCAUCCUUACGAUCAACAAACAGCUGCAAGAUUUAAAUCGAAAACUCAAAUUGGACUGAAAGCAUGGGGAUAUAGCUAUAGCUUCCUUGAAAAAAGAAGAGUAUCGCCAACAAUUAUGCAAAACGAGAAUCGAGAAAGAGGUUCACGGCACCAAGUAGUUAUACAGCCUCCACAAGAAAACACGUGCAGAAAGAAAAGACGAACUGAAGAUAUCCAGUUUCAAUAUAGGCAGCAUUACAGAACUACAAGUUCUUAUUCUUCAAAAGACGAAAGAGCACUUUUGAAAGAUGUCUUUGAAUCAGAUGAGGCAUACGAGCAGCAACAAGAGUACUUGAGAAAUCUUAAAGUUUCAGGUUACCUGAUUAUCAUAAUAACCUGGAUUCUGUUUGUUUUUUCGAUUGGAACUAUCUUUAAUCUCUGGCAUUGGUGUUUCAACUUUAACCCUCAGUAUAUGAGAAAAUUGAAAUCAAUCCCUUGGCUCAAAGUAUUAAUUGAAGAUAUCAGUCAGCAAAAUGAUAGUGCAGCCGUGCCUAACUAUUAUCUCUAUCUCUUUUUUUUAAGUUUUGUUAUUCUUUGGAUAUGGGCUGUUGCAUCAUGGAUAAGUAUGAAACUAUUUAGGCAUAGUAAAGGUGGUGGUUCCUAA